AAAGAAACAGCUAACAUGGCAACCAACGUGUUUGGGAACCCAGUGACUGACGAGACGGUGAGACUUGUGUUCCCGAACCUGACGACAAUCACAGCCACAAACCGAGCUGAGGUGGCCCUUCUCUACAUGAACGCCGAGGAGAAAGCCACCAACGUUAGCCGGUUCGUGCACAACCUCAAGGAGGCCUAUGGCACGGGGACCUCCACCCUCGGCAUGAUCUACAACGCGACAGGUGGCAACCUCUCAUUCGUCCUCAGCCACACUUGGGAGGGCAACACGUGGCGCUCCCCUUAUCCUCAAGUUAUUCAGAAUGGGCAGUGGGCCGGGUUCCUCCAUGUCCGGGGCCGCCUCAUGGGCCCAUCUAAGGAGGCAAUCGUCUACAGAGGACAGAACAACGCCGGUGCCAAUCGUGACUGGAUGCUCUGCUGGAACACCCCACGCAUGAACUGGCAAAACCGCGUGUUUGCUGAAAUCCGCACGGCUGGUUCGUUUGCUUCGGCCAAUUGGAACACUGUCGACAAUAACAUGGAAAGGAAUACCAACAACUUUUCGACUACUAUGAAUGGAGGGUUUGCGAGCGUGUCGAUUGGUGCCGGGAGCUCGCCUGAGUUCGUGGGGAUAAUGUCUUUGCCUGGCGUGGCCGCAAGGGCCUUAGCCAUAGCACAUGAUAUAAGUGAGAUAUUCCCGUCCCUCGACUCCAAAUACGAUGAGCUUGACGGCAAAGAUGGUGGAGAAGAGCAAGAUUCUGCAACUGCUGCUGCUGAUGAUGCUGCUUCUAAAGCUGAUGAGUAAUUAUUGGCUUAAUUAUUGGAAAUUAAACACUACUAUAUAAUCUCUGUCUCUUUCCAAUAAUUGUGAUAAUAAAGAAUAAAGCGGUGCACGUGUAAUUUAUAUUAAUAAGAUGCAUGUGGCUAUUAGUGUUGGAUUUGCUUGAUGGGAAAGUCUGGAAGGAGAUGGUAGUGUUUGAUGUGUGUGAAGAGCAAUAUUGGUUUCUUGUUAUUUGUGAGUUUUGGUUUGUUGUGGUAAUAUGGAAUGUGAAAUAUUUAUUUUGUGUUUGAAAUGUUUUAGCAGUUGUGUUAUACUGUGUGUGCUUAUUUUUUCUAGAGGAUAUAUAAUUUUAUAACUAUUUUGUAUCCACAAACCAAUUCAAGAA